GACGUUAUGUUGUCAACACGGCAAUUUCAAUAUGAAAAAUUACUACAUGACUUAUUAUAAUGACGAUAUAUGUAGGAUAAAAUAAUGGAAACAGCUACGCAUCGGCCUUCUCUCAGAGAGAAUGGUUCCAAAUAUCAAUUGGGUCCUGACUCAAAUGAUGACUACAGAAAUACGUCUUCAUUUGGAGACAGAUCGCAGAUCACCAGCAACACAAGAGCGGUUUCCAGAUGUCGAAGUGAAAAGGCUCAGCAGGAGUUUAAUCCAGAAAAAGAGGCUGCCGACGAAAGGUAUGCCAUGCUACAGGCAAUAUUCCAAGUUGCAGAGGAAGAUGGAAGAGGUGGUCUCGAUAUAGAUGAAUUCAAAAUAGCACUGAAAAAGACGGUGGGUUAUAUGAUGACAAAUAAUCAGAUCGAAUUGCUUUUCAUGAAAGUUGAUGCAAACUGUGACGGUCGUGUAGAUUGGGAAGAGUAUGUUACGUACUAUCUAUUAGAAUAUCAAGAGAGAACUCUUAUGAUUGAGAGAUUGCGCGACAGACCAUUUCCCCCAGAAACGAAGGACAUCAACACUCGACAUAGGGAGACCAUAGUUAGAGUGGCAAUUUAUCCAACUGUUCACAAAAAAGCAAGCACUAACCAAUGUUCGCUCGAUUAUUAUACGGCUCGGUAUGUAUCGCUAAGCAGGGAAGGAAUAGUCACCUUUUGGACUCCAAAGAUGAAGCAAAUCAAGAGUUACAUGACUCACCCUCAUGUUGAUAGAAGCACACAACCUUGGCUUACUGACUUUGUGUGUGCAUAUAACGUCAGUAUGUUAGCUGCAACGUCUACGGAUAGGGAUAUUUCGGUUUUUGAUAUACAGGCCAAUCUCUUUAAAAAACGAUACUACAUAACAGGGAUAGAUAGCUGUAUCACGUGUAUGGACUACUGGGCGGAUAUAAAAGACCUGAAUAAAUCAGUGAUGGUCUGGGGAGACACCUCGGGCUCAGUUUAUGUCCUAGUCUUUGAGUGUGCAUUGAAAGGGGGUCUGUUUGGAGCUGUUGGUGGGAAACAGACCGCCUAUAAGAAAAUCUCUUUACCAGAAGUAUUGCGGGGAUUUCAUCUCGGAGUCAAGGGAUUCAAAAUUGGAAAAAUUCACGACAACUGGGUAUCUAAUAUAAAGUAUAUCCCAGAACUAGACCUGUUUGCUUCCUGCUGUCAGUCAAAUGACACUUCCAUGUACAUUGGAGACUAUAACCACAAGAAGAAACUCAGCACCUACUUCAAAGUCAAUAAAGGAUUACUGACCUUUGACUAUUGUGCUGAAAAUAACAUCAUUGCAACUGGCGGAAUGGACUAUCUGAUAAGGAUCUGGAAUCCAUACGUCAACAGUAAACCAGUUGUUGUAUUGAAAGGACACUGCAAGCCAGUGACACACAUCGUCAUCAAUUCUUCAAGAGGGCAGAUAGUGAGCAUCGACAAAGGAAGGAACGUGCGUGUGUUUGAUAUGAAAGACCAGACCUGUGUUCAGCAGCUCAGCGGACGUGUGAUAAAAGUGGGUCCAUUUCCCAUCUCGUCAAUGUGCUUCAAUCCAGUGACACAAAAGUUAGUACUAGCUACAAACACUCUAGCAAUGUUAGAGAGAAGUUUGGAAGACGAGAAAAGUGUUGAAAUCACGUCUCACGAGAAGGCAGUUCAAGGAGCGAUGUACAACAAAACGUUCAAGUUUGUGGUAAGUUGCUGUCGUGAGUCUGUAGUUAGUGUAUGGGAUUUGAAUACUGGAGAGAAAGUUAUUCAAUUCGUAAAUGCCCACAAGCGAGUUGAAAGGGGCGUCGAAAUACCCAUAGAAAUAACGGCUAUGACGUUUGACGGACCUGGCAGACGACUAAUCACUGGAGCAAGAGACGGAAGCGUGAAAAUAUGGAAUUUCAACAAUGGUAACUGUCUUCAACAGUUUACAACCCCUGAAGCAUUAGAGAUCACGGGACUAGUCAGUACUAGACAGAGAAUUUAUGUGACAGGUUGGUGUCAACUGGUUCAUAUUUAUAUAGAUGGGGCGAGUGAGGACUAUCGCAAAAACUGGAAGAAUCGCCACAAAGACGACAUCCUUUGUAUUGCUUCUAUGGAACCAAAUCUGGUGGCAACAGGGUCGUAUGAUGGAGAUGUGAUAAUAUGGGCGAAAGACACUGGUCAGGUUUACUGCACCCUUAAUGUCAAUAAGGGAAUUCUUCCUAUUAUGGAAAAUAUGAACAAAAAAGAACAAAAACAAGAGAUCAAAGAACCUGUCAACGAGGAAAUCCAUUCACCGCAAUCGGAAGCCAUGCAGCCAUUGGACGUAGCCGAUUGGAAGUCUGCUGUAACAACCAAGACAAUUAGAACUGGUUUAGGACUAUUGUCUAAAGUAAGAGGUGGUAUCAUAAGAACUGAGUCUACAUCGGGACGCCCUGAGUCCAGGUUUUCCAGAUCUCCCGAGUCUCCCGUGGAACAUCCUUUGCUGUCGUCUUAUGAAACUGUCAAGAAGUCAGAGAACACAAAACGCGAAGAGUAUGAUGACAUUUGUAAGAAAUACGAGGCAGCUAUUGAAAAAAUUAUAUUUUUGGAAUCCAGAGACGCCAACAAUAAAGAUACGGCCGUGCUGGUAACGAGUGGAGCAGAAGGUUGGAUCAGGUUUUGGUCUGUGCAUCACGAAGGAGGUUUGUUGGGCCAGUUUAAUGCAGGGCAUCAUAUUGGAGAAAGUGUGCACGCACUUGCUACAGAUGAAAAGAACAACUUCCUUUUCACAGGAGACACUUUGGGCUACAUCAAAACAUGGGACAUCUCCGAAUUCUGCGUUUCUAACAGACACACUAGUAAAGAGCGCCUUGCUCGGUGGCAAUGGCUGUUGAACACCUUUACAUAUCUUAGAUUCGAAUGGCGAGGAAAGGAUAUGCCCAAGUACUUUAUCUCCAAAGGAAUGAAGCCACAUAACAUUGGGACACGUCCACCACCUAUGAUUACAGAGCCCAAGAAAACCUUAAAAUGGCCAUUGCUAGUCAACUCCUACAGGGCACAUACCAAAGCGAUCAACAGUGUAGAAUAUGUAGACGAUAGAUCAGUCAUCGUGACGGCGAGCUCAGACUGUUCAGUGAGGGUCUGGACCUUGAGUGGUGUGUACAUUGGAACAUUUGGUGAAAUUUGGAGUCCGCUUGAUAAAAGACCCAAGAAACAAUCCACGGAAGGCUUUCGUAUCCCUAAAGACAUCCGGCGAGUCGCUUCUGCCAGAACGUUUCGUGUCCUCAAUAACGGAACCUUUCCCCGUUGGAAUCUUGCAAUUCAGAGAAUCAGAGAGGAAGGCCUGGAAAAGCUACUUUCACAAUACGAACCAAUCAUCCCACGAGAGGAGGAACCAAAGGAAGAUUCCAAAACUGAAGUCAGGCUGCAGACUAGUAAUAUUUUGGGAAAGUCGUACAAGCGCAAAAUUAGACACAAGUUACCAAAACCUCAUCCCAAAUUAAUUGAAACACCUUCAUCAGUUGCAGUGUACCAUGCCUUGUCCUUUGUGAACCUUACCGACAUAGACAACAUGUUUUCUGCAGACACACUGAGAGAAAUGAAAGAGAGGCGAUUUGGAUCGAACGUACGCGACAGAUUAAGGGGGUUUAACCGGAAGAAAGAACAGGGACCGGCAAUUCUGGAAGUGUUCAAUAAGGUUACCAAGAAACCCACACUUCCGGUACAGCCAUACAAGAAGAAGCCAAGCAAGAUAAAGAAAGUCCAUGGCAUGCUGCAGGAGAAGGUGGCGAGCAAUUUACCGCCAAUACUCACGGAGUCAGAGACAAAGCAGGUUCAUGGGACUCCAAGCACGUCCAUUAAAGAUAGUAAAACUCAAAGAAAAGCAAAUAACUCUUUAUCUAGCGCUAGCAACUCUUCUUAAAACUGAGUACAUUCUUUGAUGAUCAGGAAAAAAGAAUCAGAACUGAAAGUUUGCAGUUCCAUAAGAAAAUAACGGUGCUUAAAUAGGAGCAUCAUUUGUUCACAAAGGGUACAUUUUAUAGAGUGUGUGAAUAACAAUUACGACAUUAAAAUUUAAAACUUA